AUGGACGAUAGCCCCGAUCUCGAUACAAACGCCUUCCUCGAGAGCGUCCGCGAACUCAAGGAGAAGAGACAGAGGGAAGACAAUGAGCGUCAGGAGCAAUUAGAAGCCCAGAUCGCGAGUUCACGACUCGCGAGGAAGUUGGAGAGAGAACGAGAGAUGGCUUCACCACACAUGUCGCCGUCAACGAGUCCGCAAAGGGCCUCCCCUAGCAGCGCCGUGCCAUCUCGCGCCAGCACACUUUCGCGCCCGCCCCGCAGUCGGCCCAUGUCUGUUGACAUGGGCUCACCCACGAGGGCCUCGUCCAUCAGGCCCAUGAGCAUGAUGUCCAUCCCCGAGAAGGGCGCGCCUCUUCCCUCACGCGACUCUCAGCGCUUUGCCGCACCGGACAGUGCCGACCCUGGACUUGGUCGAACCAUGUCGAGUGCGCAAAGCCGUCUGGAUCGCCCCAGUUCGCGUCCUAGCUCGCCAACCAAGGGCAUGGGUGGCUUUGUUCAGAGUGCCAUGCUCAAGCGCAAUGACAGUGUCAACAAGAGAUGGAGUGUCACAGCCGGUCCCUCGACUCUGGCCCGCAAUGAUUCGACUGCCAGUUUCCGCAGUGCUACCAAUGCCGAUGAAACUCCUUCUCGCCCUUCCUCGAGCCAUAGCACCAUCAGCAACCUGAACAUUGCCCCUGAGUCGGACAUCAAGGAGGAGAAGUCGGAGAGACCGCUCAAUACCAGACAUUCGCGCUCAAGAUCAUUGGCUUCCUUCUCCGGACAGGAGCCCAUCCCGGAAGGUCUUAUGUCACCACCCCUCAGUCCCAACAAGAGAUGGAGUCGCAGUCCAACCAAGGCUAGCUGGCUUGAAAGUGCCCUCACCCGUCCAGACUCGCCCAAGCCCCUCGCAUCAGCACAAUCGAAUCAACCUAGUUGGAUGGCAGAUCUCGCAAAGGCAAAACAACAACGGGGCACUGCUGAAGCCUCGCCAUCACAAGAGAACAUCGAUGCUGCAAAAGCCCAAGACACACCCACGUUUGGCCAAGGCCUGCUGAAGAGGUCGUCCAUGAGGCACACUCCAACUCACUCUCCCAGUGCUUCAAGAAACGUCACUCCCCCUACGAAGGCUAAGCCUGUUUCUCUCGUCGGCAAAUCUGCUCUCCCCGAGCCUUCCACUCCCUCACUCAACUUGACGCCCAAACUUCCCGAGAAGACGGGAUCCGAACAGCAAGAGCCGGUAAAAGAAGUACCUAAGAGAGAGGAGAACGAGAAGGAGUUGCCUGUGGAGGAGAAGGUGAAUGACAAGAGUUCCGACAAGAAGGAGGCUACACCUGAGAAGGAAGAGUCUAUCAAGCCAGUCCCUUCUAAGCCCAGCGCGCUUUCCUCAAGGGUCACCGAGAAGGAGCCAGCCAAGCCUGCUGCGCUGAAGUCGAGUGUCUUGUCGUCGGCUCCUACCCUUCCUCCCAAGCCACAAGCAUCCGACUCUCUUGAUACAACUGCUUCUUCAUCGCCCAGAUUCCCUGCCCUGAAGUCACCAGAAAUGAGAUCAGGAGAGUUCAAAUCGCCUGAACUGAAGCAAGAAACUACACCCAAGACCGACUUCCGUUCCGGUUUGAAAUCUCGAAGCGGUACCAUCGGAGCGCAGACACAGCAGGAGCCCGAGUUCAAGGCCUUGUUUGGCAAGCUUAAGAAAGCUCAGACUGAGAAGUAUGUGGCCCCUGACGAGCUGAAGAGCAACAUUCUUCGCGGCAAGGCAGGCCUAUCUCUCAGCGCUGGUCCUCAAAAGACAGAGCGACGCGAUGAGUUGAAAGAAAGCUUGUUGAAGAAGAAGGAAGAGAUGAACAAGGCCGCCGUGGAGAAGCCUGCGCCUGAGCCCAAAAUCUCCCCUGCCCCUUCAUCUGUACCAGAGGCACUUUCGAUCAGAAAACAACUUGGCCGUUCUAACAGCACGCUUAACGUUCCUGCGCCUGCCAAGUCGCAUAGAGACAUUACGCCUGAGGCACUAUCGUUCCACAAGAAUCUAAGAGGCAAGCCCAAGGCCCCUGAGAAGAGAAGCAGCGUUACAGAAAAGGUGGAGCUGAAAAGAGCUUCUCUUGAAGCAAAACCAUCCGUUGUCGCAUCUGACGAGAAGCCCGCCGAGGAAGCACCUACUGCGCUGAAGAGCGAAGAGAAACCUGAGCCCAAGAAACAAGAGCUUCCCGAGCCAGAAAAACGUGAGCUCCCCAAGCCAGCAACACAGGAGCUUCCUAAACCAGUACAGCAGGAGCCAUCUAAACCCCAGGCGCAAACAAGACCUAUGUCGAACAAAAUCGCCGAUCGUUUCAACCCAGCUCUCGCAGGACUGUUAGCGCGUGGCCCACCGAGCACGUCGAAUACACCUCCAUCGGGCUCUCCAUUCUCUCCUCCUGCGAUCAACCGCGCUUCAACUACACAAGACCAGGAACCUGGAGAAGGCACUCAGCUUACACACAUGACCAAGAGUCGUGCCAAGGGUCCCAAGAGACGUAAGCCCAAGUCGAGCGCACCUGCAGAGACUGUCAAAGCAACACCUGAGCCCGAAAAGCGCAUCUCAUCCAUCAACUCGGCAAAGUCAAUCGACCUAUCAUCACCGAGCUCGCCCGUGACUAAGACUCCCGUGCAACCUCGACCAAAAUCCGCAGCCGUGAGGGCUGCUUCCAUCAAUCUCUCGAAGCCACCUGUUGCCGAAACCGAGAAGCCAAAGACACUUACACCGACAAAGUCAAUGACAUUCCCUUCUGUCCAGUCUGAGAAGCCAAAGACUCCCGUCUCGGCCAGAUCAUCUCUUGAGGUUUCGACAACAGCAGGUGCAGAAAAGCCUAAGCCAGUCACACCCGUGAAGCCAGUUCUGAGCACUCCUUCGCCGAUGGUUUCUGACAAACCCCCGACACCCGCCACUGUCAAGACACCUCUUCGCACUCCUUCAUCGACAAUUACUGCUAGGUCCACGACACCCAUCUCUGUCAAGACUCCUCUUCGCACUUCCUCGGCUAGCUCUUCGGUGAGCGCACAAUCAAUACCGAACGUUGUAACUCCUGUUUCGGCGGCUCGCCAGCCAUCUGGCUUCAGUCGACCCCUCCCUUCCAAGCCUCUUCCGAGCUUGGGCAUGGCUGCCUCGAGGUCACAAGACAAGCCUUUGCCACCGCUGAACACAACUGAGGCAGAUAAGGAAAACCAAAGUUUCGCGUCAGUCAAGAGUGCGGCAUCGAUGUGGGGCAAGCCAGUACAGCAGACAACACCACAGAAACGUGCUCCUAUUGAGUUGCCCACCAAGAAGGACGAAGAGGCCGCAAUGCUGUCUGCAGGACUCCUCUCGAAUUCACCCCUUAGAUACAAUGCAUCGCCAAAGAUGGGACUUGGUAUUUCUGAAGACUCCAUCAAGUCGCCCAAACGGACCAACGGGCAUGAGCAAGUACAAUCACCCAGCUCAGGAGCACCACCCAAGCCAGCGAAGAGCUCGAGAAUUGUCAGCGGUCAAUUGAGUACCAAAGACCUACCUCAUUUGCCCGACAUGAUUGACCUUCCAGCUGGCCGCGAUCUGUCCGACUUCUUUGGCGAAGUGCCCAAGUCGCAUAACCAAUUGCAGCUCAACACCGACACUCAGACAGUGCUGCGUUCUAGGUCGGGAGAAUCCGACAAGAUCAAGACUCUGCGAUCGUCAAUCCAAGAAAUCAAGUCGGAUGGUACUCUGAUACCCCUUCCGGCACAACAGGAGCAUAUCUUGUACGAGAACUCGAUGUACAUUUGCACUCACAUCUUCUACACUGCCAACAUGACUAGGAUGGCGGAGGUGUAUCUCUGGUGUGGUGAUCGCAUAUCGGAAUCAACUAUUCAUGAAACACAAGUCCAUGCCAAGCGCAUCGCUAGAGAGGCAGGAGCUGGCCAAAAGUCAACACAGUUGUACAUUAUUGAUCAAGCUCGCGAACCAGCAAACUUCUUCCAAGCACUCGGUGGUAUUGUGAUUACACGCCGUGGUUCACGCGCAGAGAGCUCAACAGCGCCAUACAUGCUUUGCGGACGCCCACACAUGGGCCACAUUGCCUUUGACGAAGUCGACCGUACCAAAAGCAGUCUCUGCUCUGAGUACCCGUACAUCGUCGCCCGUCCCAUCACUCUCCAGGAGACAAAGAUUUGGCUAUGGAAGGGCAGUGGUUGUGGCGCAACCGCUAUUGGGAGCACUCGUUUGAUCUCCAUGGACCUGAACCCUGGUGGUGGAUUCACCGAGAUCGACGAAGGCAAAGAGACAGCCGAGUUUCUCUCGGCGAUCCACGAUUCUGGCAGUGAAAGCGUUUGUCAAUCUCCAGCAUUGUGGAAAGGAAAGAGCGGCAACUGGGAGCAUUCCUCGGUCCGCUUGUUCAAAAUCGAGACACAAGAGAAGCCCAAACAAACAGCCACAUCACUGUUCACGAGCUAUUUCUCCCGUCGCCCUUCAUGGAGCGCACCCAAGUCUCCUUCCACCGACCGCCCCAACAGCUCCGGCUCCAACAAAUCACCCACCACCGAGUUCGAAGCCUCAAUUUCAGAAAUCGCACCGUUCACUCAAGAUGACUUGGAACCAGAAGGCUGCUACAUCCUCGACGCCAACUCAGAAAUCCUCGUCUUACCCGGACCUCUGCUUUCAAAGCAGGCAUUAUGGCAACAUGCGUUCGUUCAAGCAUGUUUGUUCUCUCACGACUAUGCCAUCCUCUCUGCUAGUUUGGAAGACAGACCUGCUAUCCCCAAGGCUAGAGUCGUACUUGGCGGUUUGCCUAGAGAAGUCAAGGUGAAAUUCAGACGUUGGGAGGAAAGGAGAGGGCUUUGGGGUUCUGGCGGCUUGAUGGCUGGAAGAGUCGGUGGUGAGCAAGGGGGUAUGGUUGAAGUUAGAGAUGUUUUGGGUAUUUGUUGUGGGCUCUGA